ACAACAGAUUGGUGUGUGCGUGGUUAAGGUGGAGAAAAGCCAGAUUACGGUGCAUUAUAUGUUUAAAAAAAUAAGAUUUGUUUUAAAGCGGAUGGAUUUGUGAGGUUUGUGUUGCAUAAGGAAAAAGGCCUUUAUUAAAGGAGGUGUGUGUGUGUGUGUAUGUGUGUGUGUGUGAAGCAGGCGGGGAGAGAAAGUGCGUUAUUGUUGGUUGACACUGAUCAUCAUCAUCAUCAUCAUCAUCCUCCUCAUCCGGCCCGCGGAGCAGCGAAGAAGAAGCCGGGAGCUGGAGUUUGAACACGGGACUCACCAUGGCGGUAAACCUAGACAAGGACGCGUAUUACCGCCGGAUCAAGAGGCUGUACGGCAACUGGAAGAAAGCAGAAGAUGAGUUUGGCAAAGUGGACGCCAUCGUGGUGUCUGUCGGAGUGGACGAGGAGAUUGUUUACGCCAAGUCCACGGCCAUACAGACUUGGCUCUUCGGCUACGAGCUGACGGACACCAUCAUGGUGUUCUGCGACACCAAGAUCAUCUUCCUCGCCAGCAAGAAGAAGGUGGAUUUCCUCAAGCAGGUCGCCAUCACGAAGGGCAACGAGAACGCCAACGGAGUCCCGCCCAUCACCCUGCUCACCAGAGAAAAGAACGAAAGCAACAAAGCCAACUUCGACAAGAUGAUUGAGGCGAUCCGAGGCAGCAAAGAAGGGAAGACGGUCGGCAUCUUCAGCAAGGACAAAUUCCCCGGAGAGUACAUGAAGAGCUGGAGCGACACCAUCACCGCCGAGGGCCUGGAGAAGGUGGACAUCAGCGCUGUGGUCGCGUACACGAUGGCGGUGAAAGAGGAGGGCGAGCUGUCCCUGAUGAAGAAGGCGGCGGCCAUCACCAGCGAGGUUUACUCCAAGUUCUUCAAAGAGCGCGUGAUGGAGAUCGUCGACGCAGACGAGAAAGUGCGUCACAGCAAGCUGGCGGAGUCGGUGGAGAAGGCGAUCGAGGAGAAGAAGUACCUGGGCGGAGCGGAUCCGUCCACCGUGGAGAUGUGUUACCCUCCCAUCAUCCAGAGCGGAGGAAACUACAGCCUCAAGUUCAGCGUCGUCAGCGAUAAGAACCACAUGCACUUCGGCGCGAUCACGUGUGCCAUGGGGAUCCGCUACAAGUCGUACUGCUCCAACCUGGUGAGGACCCUCAUGGUGGACCCGCCCCAGGAGAUGCAGGACAACUACAACUUCCUGCUGCAGGUGGAGGAGGAGCUGCUCAAGGAGCUGAAGCACGGCGUCAAAAUCUCCGACGCCUACAACGCCGCCGUGGAGUACGUGAAGAAAGAGAAGUCGGAGCUCGUCGCCAAGCUGACUAAAAACCUCGGCUUCGCGAUGGGGAUCGAGUUCAGAGAAGGCUCUUUGGUUCUGAACGCCAAAAACCAGUACAAGCUGAAGAAAGGCAUGGUGUUGAGCAUCAGUCUGGGUUUCGCCGACCUCGUCAACAAAGAGGGGAAGAAAGACGAGCAGAAGAAGUACGCCUUGUUCAUCGGGGACACGAUACAGAUCAACGAGGAGGAGGCGGCGACGAUACUCACACCAGUCAAGAAGAAGAUCAAAAAUGUGGGAAUCUUCUUGAAGAACGACGACGAGGAGGACGAGGAGGAGGAAGGAGACGACGCCGAGGAGCUGCUGGGGAAAGGGGCUCGGAGCGCCGCCCUGCUGGCAGACAGAACCAGACUACUGGGGAAGAACGAGAUGACGGCGGAGGAGAAGAGGCGGGCCCAUCAGAAGGACCUGGCCAAUCACCUGAACAACGAAGCCAAGCGUCGACUGACGGAGCAGAAGGGAGAGCAGCAGAUCCAGAAGGCCAGAAAAUCGAACGUCUCCUACAAGAACGUCUCGCAGAUGCCUCGAGAAAAAGACAUCCGAGAGAUGAAGAUCUUCAUCGACAAGAAAUACGAGACGGUCGUCAUGCCCGUGUUUGGUAUCGCCACGCCGUUCCACAUCGCCACCAUCAAGAACAUCAGUAUGUCGGUAGAAGGAGACUACACCUACCUGAGGAUCAACUUCUACGUCCCCGGCAGCUCUCUGGGGCGACAGGAGGGAAACAUCUUCCCCAACCCCGACGCCACGUUUGUUAAAGAAAUCACAUAUCGAGCAUCCAACCUGAAGGCGCCCGGCGACCCGUCGGUGCCCUCCACCAACCUGCAGAACGCCUUCCGCAUCAUCAAGGAGGUGCAGAAGCGCUACAAGACGCGGGAGGCCGAGGAGAAGGAGAAGGAGGGCAUCGUCAAGCAGGACUCGCUGGUCAUCAACCUCAACCGCAGCAACCCCAAACUCAAAGACCUCUACAUCAGACCCAACAUCGCUCAGAAGAGGAUGCAGGGCUCGCUGGAGGCUCAUACCAACGGUUUCCGUUUCACGUCGGUACGCGGCGAUAAAGUGGACAUUCUUUACAACAAUAUCAAGCACGCCGUCUUCCAGCCGUGCGACGGGGAGAUGAUCAUCGUUCUGCACUUCCACCUAAAGAACGCCAUCAUGUUCGGAAAGCGACGCCACACGGACGUCCAGUUCUACACGGAGGUCGGCGAGAUCACCACCGACCUGGGCAAACACCAGCACAUGCACGACCGGGACGACCUGUACGCCGAGCAGAUGGAGCGCGAGAUGCGGCACAAGCUCAAGUCGGCCUUCAAGAACUUCAUCGAGAAGGUGGAGACGCUGACGAAGGAGCAGCUGGAGUUCGAGGUUCCCUUCAGAGACCUCGGGUUCCAGGGCGCCCCCUACAGGAGUACCUGUCUGCUACAACCCACAUCCAGUUCACUUGUUAAUGUCACUGAAUGGCCGCCGUUCGUGGUCACCCUGGACGAGGUGGAGCUGGUCCACUUUGAGCGCGUGCAGUUCCACCUGAAGAACUUCGACGUGGUCAUUGUCUACAAGGACUACAGCAAGAAGGUCACCAUGAUCAACGCCGUGCCCGUCAACUCCCUGGACCCCAUCAAAGAGUGGCUCAACUCCUGUGACAUCAAGUACACGGAAGGAGUCCAGUCCCUGAACUGGACCAAGAUCAUGAAGACCAUCGUGGACGAUCCAGAGGGCUUCUUCGAGCAGGGGGGCUGGUCUUUCUUGGACCCCGAGAGCGAGGGGAGCGGUGCGGAGGAGGACUCGGAGUCCGAGAUGGAAGACGAAACGUUCAACCCGUCUGCAGACGAAGAAGAGGAGGAGGAGGAAGACAGCGACGAGGACUACGACUCGGAGACGGAGGACUCUAAUUACAGCGAGUCGGUCGGCAGCGAGGAGGAGAGCGGGAAAGACUGGGACGAGCUGGAGGAAGAAGCCAGGAGAGCGGACAAAGAGAGUCAGUACGAGGACGAGGACACGUCCAACAACAACAAGAAGAGAAAGGUCCGGUCAGAGCCUCCGCCGCCGCCCAGCAAGAAGAAGAGACGGCACUAAAUGUCACACACACACACACACUCACACACACACACACACACACACACACACACACACACACACACACACACACACUGCCAAAUCUAGUUCGCCCUUGAUCCUUUCUUUAACCCCAAACGGCUCUUUUGACACACACACACAGAAAAUGUGUAUAUAGAUGUUAGAAGCCCCUUUUUUUUGGUGUUGGUCACUGAUGAUGAUACGAGAAAGAAACACCCCCCCCCACACACACACACACACACACACACACACACACACACACACACACACACACACACUUGUCAUUCAUGAGCCUUUUUUUUCCCUCCUCAUUCUCUCUUUUGUUUCCUCCUCUCGUCUCCAUCCUUCAGCCGUCAGGUUUCACCUUUCUCUCUGUGUGUGUGUGUGUGUGUGUGUGUGUGUUUGUUUAAGUGGGUUUUUAUUGCAAGUGUCCAUUUUCUGUUUCUUGACUGACGGAUUGAUAAAUGAAAAGACUUGCGAAUAUUCUGCCAAGUGUUUUUAUAUAAAAACAGAAACUUAUAAUUCCCCUCCCCCCCCCGACCUCCGUUUCACUUUCCCCGCUUCUUUCUUUUCCUUCAGUGUUUGUUAAAUUGCGCUAAAAAAAGAUUUGACUUUUGUCUUUUUUCCAGGGAGGGGCAGAUACAUUUUCUGAUCUUUCUUUUUUUUUAAAAGGGGUUUGUAAAGGCACACGCAUACAUACACACCGUCUCCCUCGCACUCGUCCUCUUCUCCGUUUCUCUCUUUUGUUCGUUUGGAGUAGAUUCUGUCUGUUGUUGUACUAUUCAUUCUGAAAAAAAUCCUGUUUUUGUAAUAAAAUUAAAAGGAACUCUAGUUAUU